CAGAAGAAGAUUCUGUGAUGUCACUAGUGAGGCAGUCUGUGUGAUGUCAUCAACUAGACAUAUAUGUACAGAACACAAUUCUGCAUAUCUUUCAUUGCUUGCUAUAUAGCUGACCAGUUCAGACAUACUCAAAGCUCUUUCAAAUACCGUUCAGGUAAUUUAGAAACCGACUGAUUUUAGAGAACUAUUUAAGGGAAAAUGUUUCAUCAAAACCCAAGAUACCACAAUGGAAAGAUGGGACCCCAGAUGAGAAGGGGAUUCCAGCACAACUCCCAAGGCAGGUUCCCUCCUGUGCACCCGAAUGUUUUACACGAGGAAAUCCAAAGGCUGCGUGCUUUUUUGGAAAUGGAGAGAGCCCAAAGGUUUGAAGAUAACCAACGACUGGCCCACAUGGAAGAAGAGCUGGAAGAAACGAAACUCCAGUUAAAAAGGCAGAAAGCUAUCAAAGAAGUGUUCAUCAACAAGUCCAAAGAGUCAAAGAGGGAACUCGAGAGAGUAGAGAAGCUUAGUGAUCCAGCAGUUGUCAGCGCUGCAAUCCUUGCUUCCAAGGUGCACAACGAUAUGAGAUAUAAGAAUAAGAAGAUGCUGCAACAAGACUUUGUAGAUUUAAAGACGGCCCAUCUCCUCAGCCAGGAAGCAUUUUCGUCAGAAAUCCAGGCUGAAAAAGAGAAAGGUAAAGCCCUCCAAGAAGAACUGGACAAACUCCAGACUUCUUACGAGGAGCUUUGCUCUAAGUAUGAAGCUGACAUUGCUCUGGUGAGGCAGGAGGCUGAGAUACAAACGUUUUGUGAAGAGAGGAAUAGUGAGGUACAACAGCUCCUUGAAAAUCUAAGAGCUGAAAAGGAAGAUAUGUUUCAAAAAAUGUCAAAAGAGAUCAAAUUUCUGAAAAGCAGCGAAAAAAGUUUGCAGGACGAAUUGGACCAGGUCAAACGUUCAUAUGAAGAACUCGACGGGAAGUAUGAUAGAGAUGUUUCUGGACUUAAAGCCCAAGUAGAAACAUACAAGAAAGAGAUAGAUUGUGAAAGAGAAGCCAGUUCUGAGAGAGCGAAGAAAGACCUUGAGGAAAUCAACAAACUGAAAGCUGAGCAAGAUCAUCUCUAUGAAACAAUGACAGAAGAGUUCCAGACCCUGCAGCAGAAAUUCAACGGGCUCGCAAAACAUUUAAAAUCUAAUAUAGGCCAGUAUGAAGCAAGCCAUUCUUCACUUCAACAGCAGGUGGAAAAUCUUCAGAUGCAAAUAACUGAGGAGAAAAAAGUUCACUUGGAAGACUUGGCGCUACUCCACAACAUAAAAGCCAUGAAUGCCGUCCUCCAGGAAAACGCAGCAAAAGAUAUGAAAUUCCUGCAAGAAAAGGAAAGGGAUACGCAUACUGAGUUAGAGAAGAUUAAAGGUUUGUACAAGGAGCUGAAUUGUAGAUAUAAAACGGAUGUUGCUGCACUAACACAACAAGCAGAAAAAUAUCAACAAGUAAGUUGUGAGAGAAAUAUUAAAUUGGAAAGAGAAGAGGAGGAUCUUCAGUUUGCCAACUCUCUGGAAGAUGAGAAGGAAGAUCUACAACAAAAAACAUCACAAGAGUUUACAGAUUUUCAAGAGAAGGAGAAAGAUUCAGAGAGCCAACCUGACCAGGUUGAAGUUUUACAUCAAGAGGUUUCUUCUGAGGAGGAUUUCUCAGAAGAAACCUCAUCAGGUUGUUCCACGGAUUUGGAAUCCAUGGCAAAGACGGAGUUUGCUGUAGAAACCAUCCAGGAGAAUGUGGACAAUCCAGAUCCUAAAUCCAUGCAGGAUGGUAAAAGGAAAAAGCCAAAGCUUUCAGUUUGGAAAAAACUACGAAACAUUCUGUGUUUGAAGAAACCGAAAAAAGAAGGAAAAGAGUGA